AUGGCCGGUGACGGCUCAACAGACAGGGUUCGAUCGCAACCUGACGCAACCCCUUUCGACCGCCUGCCAGACGAGAUAAUCGAGCAAAUCCUUACAGUUGCCGACGCCAACGGCUUUGCCUCGCUCGUUCUACUCAAUCGAAAAUGGCGUUCGAUUGCCCAGCACGCCCACAUCUAUCUUCACCACCUGGCUCAGUGCCCUUCCUUUGCCGCCAACAAGACCACCCUACCCACUGUCGAUGACGAUAACCUACCCACUCUGCGUCGCCUAUUCACACGCCAGGCGAAGCUCAACCUAUUCGAUGCAUAUACCCGGCCACAUGAGACAAUCGUCAAGCUUGUCUCAACCUCGAUUAGCUCCUCGUCAUGUCCCGGUGGCGAGGGCAUGCAUUUCAGCGCUUCGCCACGCUGCCAACUGCUGCUGGCCUACAACUCGGCGCGUAUCUUCGUCCUCGAUGUUCGAGGCGAAGCACCCUUGGUGAAUCGUGAAUUCAAGGUCUCAAGGAGGCCUAUCGCUGCAUGUAUCAAGGAUGAUGGGUCGUUACUUGCUGUGCUCUCCACCGAACUACAGGUGGACCUGUACGAUCUUGGCGUCUCACCACCCCGACGGAGGCAGGCCAUCAUCCUCGACAAUACCCCUCGAACGAUUGCCCUCUCGCCCUGCGGCUCUGUGCUCGCGGCUGCUUAUGAGGGCGGCAUUGAAGUCUCGUCCAUCGACGCUGGCGCCUUGCCGUCCCAGAAGCGCUCUGUCAAAUGCGAUCCGGUCGACUCCUUAGCCUUCUCCUACGAUGGAACCCAGAUCGUCGGGACGACGACGCAGUCGCAACCGCCCAACACAGUCAUCAUCACGGCACCAUACUACGACCCUGGAAAUCUCCUGACGGACGACAGUGUCAGCUCCAUGUGGACCACGUCAAUCCUCUUUCCCACAUCGAGCCGUGAUUGCAGCCACGCUGUUUUGCUCCAGGAUGGAAGUGGCGAGGAAGCAAGCUGGUCAUUUGCCUAUGACGGCAAUUUCGAGGCGUUUCGCGCGGUACGGAUCGAUGACCUACGGAACGGUACGACCUACUUCACCGGGCCUGCGCCCAAGCCGCACUCACAAGCCAAACUGCUUCCUUCAACCUUGCCUGGAGCCACAUACAAGGGCGACCUUGUGGCAGCAGGCUUGCAUUCACAGGAAGUUUGGAUCUAUGGUGUGCCCGAGAAUUUAGAUGCAGUGCCCGAGCUACGUGAAGGCGCGCACGGGCUGGGCAGGAAUAACAGUGAGCGCAGUAGCGUCUCACGACGACUCUCCUCGCGUGGCUGCGAUGCAAACGACGUGCGCCAGCCGCAGUGGCAGAUACUUUGUGACAAACUGCGCAACACACUCGUAUCUGGCGCCAAGGUGGUGGAUCUCCCCGGGGUGAGCAAUGUGAAAUGGGUUAGCGGUCUGUAUGACAGCGCUGUUAAGGAGCGCUUGCUCGUCACAGCCAAAGGAGUCAUGGGGCCCAGGUUGAUCAGCGAUGAGGAGGACAUUGACUUUGUGGACGGUGGUAGGGUCGCUUUCCUGGAUUUCGAUUAUGGCCCCUCCAAUGGUCGGCGGACCGAGCUUAGCAUGGAGGUGGGCACCGACGACGCGGAACCCCUGGAGGAGGAGCGCCGUGACAUGGAAACAGAGGUCGCCAUUGUUCGACGACGCACCGUCGCACAGCAACGCCGUGGACGCACUGCUGUGCUGCGCGCUGCUACGACAGCGCGUGACAGGCCUGGUCCUGCUGGACCGCACGCGCUCGGCACUUCUUCCGAAGAGGCAGACGAUGAUGACCCCCUGAGGCCCAGGAAAAUCGGUGCGAACCCAGCCACGAAUGCGGUGGAUGAAUUCGCAGAUGACCCUGACGUGGCCACUAUCGAGGAACAGGAGGCGAUGGAGUCUCCUUACGCGCACGCCAGUCCUCGAUCUGCGCCAACGCUACGUCGUGCAGCUACAGCGGCUGCUGUCAAUCAGAGGCUAAACCCUCGUCUCGCCGACGGCCGGCCAAUUGAGUACCGUCGUGCUGAUGGGCGGCGCGAGCAUCCUCACGAGAGUGAUGCUGACAAUUGGGUUCCUCCUCCACCACCGUACCAGAAGGACGAUCCUGGCGAGAUGCCCAGUUUCAUGCGAGGUCCAGCUGUGAAGCCUAUGGAGCCGCCUCUGGUGCCGGCGGUGCCGGCGGCGACCAGGUUCGACGCUCUCGCCAGAGCUCGAGGUCAGCAUGAGCAUCGUGACUCUUUAGCACGAUCUUCUACGCGAUUUGGUCAGUUGGGGAAUCUCAUCUCGCCAUCCGCGCGGCCCACGUUGCAGCACUAUCGUUCAGCCAGUGACUCGACCACAAUCAGCAGACCACCUGCGGACGACACCACAGCACGCCCACGGUCAAGCCCAUCGACACGUGUCGAGACAGAAGAUAUAUAUGAGGUCUCGCCACCAGCUUCACCGACCGUCGACCCUCGACAGAUGGGACUCACUUCCUCUGAGUCUCGACAGGCGUCAUGGUCGACGAUUGGCCCAGUAGACUCAGUCCACAUGGAGUCUGCCCAACCUCAGCCGGUCAUCGUAGCAGAGCCCCAAGAGAUUACGCCUCCCUCGCCACAUGAGCCUGAUGAGACCGCUGGCUCGCCAAUAUUGAUACUGUCAACUCCAGGUUUACCCAAAACCAAUACUAUGCCACUCCCACAGACGAACGAUGAGCCCCGGGCUAGACGCCUUUCCAACGCUCAGACAUGGCCAGCAGGUCCGGGGCCAGAGGCUUCGCAAGUACAGCAUGCGAGUGCUGUUCCUGUGCCCGUUAACCCUUUGUCUGCGCCGGGCCUCCAGCCUUCUACGAGUGAAAUGCCCAUACUGCCACCAGCACCCAGUUCUGGGCAAAUGGCCAGCUUGAAUAAGAGAAUCAGUCAGGGCAACCCCCGCAGAUUGUCGGGUGGCUGGUACGGACCUCAGUCGGGCGGACAGAUGGUCAGCAAACGGCAGAGCUCCCAGUCCAUGCACCGACCUCAAACAGACCUUCCGCCCUUACACACAGCCCCUGCGGCAACAUCCUCGUGGACUGCGCCCGAGCCACCUAUGAUCAUCAGCACCCCGCGAGGUGUCAGCGGAGCUUUCGACCCGCCUGACCGGCAAGCCUCCACCCGCCGGACGGAGACACCUAUUGUAGCGCCUGUUCCUCGCCAUCCUCGUCCAGGGCCUGGCUCAAGCACGAGGCCGACGGUAGAGCGCCUCGAGACCAUCUAUAGCAUCGCAGCUUCCACAACGUCACAAACCCAGCAGCAGGCGCCGCGACGCCGUCUGUUGGCACCUUUCCGUCGCUCUCCGUCUGUCUCCCCUGGCGUGCCUGUGGGUGUGGCCCGCAACGGCAGCCGCGCUGAGCGGAGUGCAGCCCUCAACAUCCGUGAGGCCAAGAAACGAGGCUGGGGCCCCAGCAAAUCACGAAAGAAGAAGAAGAGAAAGGAUGUCGAAGCAGCAAGCAGUACCGGGUGGACGGAUGUCUCUACCACAACAGCACUCCGCGAAAGUUUGAAGGACAAGAAAUGUGUGGUUAUGUGA